GCUUGAGGUUUUAAAACAAGCCUUAGCUAGCUAGCUAGCUAAUUUCCUCUGCUAUCAUCAAAUAUCACGCACGUAAAGUACGUAGCUCAAUAAACUAAACACAGGUGCAUUAAAUCGAUCUGAUCUGUACCAAUUAAAUAUACUCUUUUUUUUUCUUCACGCCGUACGCAUUCAAUACCAUCCGAUCCAGCGAUCGAUAGGUCGCCAUGGAAACGGGAAUGAUAUCGGAAAACCCCACCGUCGCCCCCGGUCACCUCCCGGCCGGAAAACUGUUCUCACCGCCGAAACCAUCCAUGUGGGAAGACAUGGAACGGAAUGGGUUCGUCCAGCCCGUUGAGAACAGGCCGAAGCUGUCGGAGGCAGAGGCGGAGGGCAUACCCUUGAUCGACCUGUCCCUCAUCGGCGAAAACGACGUUGUUUCGCAGAUAGGCAAUGCGUGCAGGGUGUGGGGAUUCUUCCAGGUGGUCAACCACGGCGUUGACCAAGAGAAGCUGCGAGAGAUGAUGAAGGUGGCGAGGAGGUUUUUCGGGGAGCUGAGUGCGGAGGAGAAGAGGGAGGUGAGGAGGGACGAGGAGAGCGUGCAUGGGUACCACGACGCGGAGCACACCGUGAACGUCAGGGACUGGAAAGAGGUUUUUGAGUUCGCGGUGGACAGUCCGUACCUCCUGCCUCGUCCCCCGCGCCCCAAUUUUCACUCCGCCGCGUCCACUCAUGAAGUCACUGAGGUCUACAACCUAUGGCCCAAGCGGCCUCCUCAAAUGAGGAGAAUAUGUGAAGAAUAUUCGAAGGAAAUGGAAAAGCUAGGGUUCAAGCUGAUGAGGCUGAUUGCUCUGAGCCUGGGCUUGCCGGCUCACACGUUCGAGGGCUUCUACAAGACCCAAACCUCCACAGUGAUGCUGACCCACUACCCACAGUGCCCUUAUCCGGACCUGGCUCUUGGGGUGGGCCCCCAUGCCGACAGCGGGGCUCUAACCAUCCUCUAUCAGGACCAGGUGGGUGGGCUUGAGGUCAAGAGGAAAUCAGACGGUCAAUGGGUUCGUGUCAAACCUAUUCCAGAUGCCUACAUCAUUAAUCUCGGAUCUGUCAUGCAGGUGUGGGCUAAUGACAAAUAUGAGAGCGUGGAGCACAGGGUGGUGGUAAACUCUGAAAAGGAAAGGUUUUCCAUUCCCUUCUUUUUUAACCCAGCCCAUGACACCAUGGUGAAGCCAUUACAAGGACUCCUAAGUGACGAAAACCCGGCCAGAUACAGAGCCUAUAAUUGGGGGAUGUUUGACGCCUCUCGGAAGCUCAGCAAUUUCAAAAAGCUUGGCUUUAAGAAUGUUCAGAUUGAUGAUUUCAAAAUCUCUAAUUAAUUAAUUACUCGUAUAUAUAUUACCUAGCUGGGAAUUAAUAAUCUCGUGCAUAUGAGUAAUAAGUAAUUAAUCAAUAUUAUUUUGAGAGAAUAAAACUGCUCGCAUGCAGUUACCCUGGCCUAAGUUAAUUAUUAGCCUAUAAUAAUAAUAAGUCCCAAUGUGUGUAUUGGGCUCGCCUGCUGGCGCGAGGCUAAUUAAUUAAGGGGAAAUUAAAUAAAGUCACGAUCGAUGAGGUGGCAAUUUAUAUAAUACGACGAGUAUAUAUUUGUUCCCUAUGAGCUAAGUAUAUAUUGUACCAAUGUUGCUUUAUCAUUAUAAUAAAAUGGCUGUGUGGUUUCAACUUUCAA